AUGAAGGCCAUUGGUACGAGCUUAGUGAAGCUCCUCAAUAAAGCGGCGAGUGGCAAGUCCUCGUCGGGUAAUAAAUGGCACUGGCCUACCCUUCAUAAGCGCCUCGAGAAAGUUGACAUGGAUUCUAUGGAUCGAUCGCUCAUUCGUCAAUGUGCUCUCGGCGAGGUGGACAAGGAUCCUUCCACUCUCUUCAACAAGGACAUAUGGUUCUUCGCCGUCGUUGGUGACGACAGGUCUUUUGGGGGCUUCAUCCAGGCACUUAUGUCGUGGUUGUGGGUAGCUCUGCUACAGGGUGCCGCCUUCGGCGACGUGUAUAGCCACGUCAUGCAUUGCAUCAGUGCUGCUGGCUUCAAAUCGCCCUUGACCGGGAGGAAUGCUGGUACUGUGGUCGCUAUACAGUACGACGAGCAGAUGC